AUGGGCAAAAAGCUUUCGGAGGCAUCCACAGGUCUCCUGAGCCAGAUGGGUCAGGCGGACAUGGACACGGACCCGUCUCGGGAAAAGAGGGGGGAUCUGGACUUCCAGACCCCACUGACAAAGUGGAAAGGCGACGCCAAAGGCGACGCCAGGACGGAUGCCCAGGAGGGACAGAGCAACGGGAAGGGCGGCUCCACUUCUCCCGGGGCCCAGGAACAUCCUAGAUCCGACACAGCAGUCGGGCCAGCGCAGCCAGGUCGGAAUUGGGGCAACCAGCGCUACCAGGGCAAUGGAUCUUGGGGCAAGGAUCUCUCCUCCCGAGGAGAGAGGCAGGAUCAGGCCCAGAAGGACCAGAUGCGGCAGAUGGCGGAAAUCCUCAGGGCCAUUGCACGGCUAUGCCUGAGGCUGGAGGACUUUCAGUCCAUCCAGUGUUUGGACUGCGAGUUCGUGAUUUUCUUGCAGACACCCCACAGCAACAACCCUCGCAGCAUUACGGAGCAGCUGUAUCAGGUGGGUCAGGAGUGGCACGCCCAAAAGGAAUCGGCCCCGGAAUCCAUCUCACAGCCGAUGCGGAACGUGCUCCUCUUCUGCAUGAUCACAGCCCUCUUGAGGAAGGUUCAGGAACUGGAGUCCGACUUGGAACAGAUGCAGAAGGUCACGGAGGCCGGGCUGGUGGACCUUCUUGGACACAAGGAAGUAGUGGACUACCUCAAUGCCAUUCUGAGGCUGAGUGCACACCAACAGGUGGUGGGGAGAUUUCACGCUCUCCACCAGAUGGUGGAAAAGCAGUCCACGGACAUCGCGCCCUUCUCCUUGAUCAUACACGGCCGAACAGAGGAGAGCUUGCAAAUGUAUACCUACUUCAAAAAGCUCUCCCGCUGCAGUAUCUGGCACCUGAUUGCAGCAUCGAUGAGACCGGGCAAGUUAGGGCGAAGCCCUUUGGCGAAAGCCAUCGAGAGAAUGCUGAAGGACAUCUGA